AUGUCCAGAAUGCGCGGCAGUCACGAGUUAGCUAGCUACAGUGACACUCCAGGCCACCGUCGAGAAAUAAGCCGGCGAAAGACAGACCCACGGGCUCGGAGUCGUCAAAACGCAAGUCCCUUGCUGCAGCUUCCAACAGAGAUAAUUCAGUAUAUUGCAUAUCUUCUCCCGAGCGAUGUCGAUAUAGUCAAUCUCGUGUCGUGCUGUGUCCACCUAGCUAGGGCGAUCUUACCGGCUCACUCGUCCAUCUGGCGCCAGCGAUUCAAGGACCUGUACGGUAUCCCUCAGAGACGCUCUUCAAGUGAGCUCAAACUGGAGUAUCAGAUUCGUUCUAUUGUGCUGUCUCAGAAGAUCAACUUCCGAUACGGCCAGAAGAAGGAGCAAACAUUAUGGCUGGAAGUGCUGAGAGACAUGUUUCUGGAAGCACUUGAAUCAGCCCCGACAGAUGAACACACUGCUUCCAAGCUCCACGAGCAGAUUCGUAAGACACUUCACAACUCGGAAUUCCUGAAUCGACCUGUGAGCGGAUAUGGCGACGCGAAUGCCGAUGCGCCUUCCGAGUUGUUUUACGCUGUUCAGCUAUGCUUCACUCACCUGGCGUUGGACCCGUCUAUGGCUUUCUAUUGCCUCAGGAAUGACUAUGAUAUUGGCGCCGUAUAUUCAUUCCAAGUCGAUAUCAGUGAGUCGCUUGUGAAUAUAGAGAAGCUGGACCUGGAGAAGAUUUUGCACAUUCGCAACUUCUGGCUUCGACAUCUCCUCAAUCCGAUCGAAGCCACAUUCUACUCCUCCUAUACAUCGCUGUGUCAGCGACCGAAAGCCACGCGAUGUCUGGCCGACAGCAAGUCUUGCACAUGCGCCGAUCUGGAGACGCAUUGGCCGCAGGUGGACCCGAUGUCUUUGCGAAUCAAGCUAGAUCCUGACCCCUUGAACUGGCCGACCUUAUUCGACAGCAUCAUCCCUAUCCUGGGGUCGAGAACGCAUUGCUCGUACUUUCGCGGCAUUGAAACACAGCACGGAUCUGAUGACGAUUCAACAUACCUGGUGCGGGGCUUCACAGAACCCAUUCCGACCGCUCACGGUGGCUUCCCCCAUUGGCGCCGUAUAUGCUUUGCCAUUUACGAUGCGGACAGGGAACAACUUCCGCUUAUACCAAACGAUGAUGGGACAUCUGGAAAGGGAAAGGAGGAUCUAUGGCUUCCGGAGGAAGCCUGGCCGCCAUAUGAUUUGGAGGUGGAAUUCAAUUGGGUCCAUGGAUACGAGGGAGUCAUUCUCCCCAGUGGAACGAUCAUGAUCGGACGAUGGAUUGAUAUGGUAGAGCCGACUGCCCGAGGUCCUUUCAUUUUCUGGAAUGUGUGA